AUGAUGCUGCCGACGAAAGCCGAGGACAAUGUCGAUGUUAGCGCGAGCUCAGUGCCUCUUCCGCCCGACUAUGGCCAAGACGGCAAUGGCCAAGACACUGUCGACACCAAACACCUCGAAUUGCUCACUGCCGCUGGCAUCACCGCCGCACCUGAUGAUCACGAUCUACCAUGCCUCACACUUCGUAUGUGGGUGAUCGGGGUUAGUUUCUGUAUCUUUGGAUGCGGAUUGAAUACACUGUACACUUUCCGAUACCCGUCCAUAUCGAUCUCGCAGUCCACAGCACAGUUCCUUGCAUACCCGCUUGGAAAAGCUUGGGAACGGCUGGUGCCAGAUUGGACGUUGACAAUAUUUGGAUGGAAGCUUCGUCUUAACCCGGGACGCUUCAACUACAAGGAGAACAUAUUGAUAUUUAUUCUCGCGAACGUAAGCUUCCAGACGCGUCUGAGCGCGGAUGUCUUGACAGAACAGCGAAUCUUCUACGGCGUCAAUUGUGGAUGGGGUUUCGAGAUUAUCAUGACGCUCACCACAAUGCUCUUCGGACUCGCCCUAGCAGGCCUGUUUCGAUCUGUUACUGUGGAUCCGCCAGAGAUCCUUUGGCCUGGCGUGUUCGCAGAUACGGCUCUGAACCACGCUCUUCAUUUCUCCGAGAAAGUAAAGGGUGCAGUAAAAAAACUACAAAUGUCCCAAUUCACCUUCUUCAUCAUCGUGUUCUGCGCAUCCUUCAUCUGGUACUGGUUUCCAGAUUUCCUCUUCCCGGCUCUAGGAUAUUUCACUUUCAUCUGCUGGAUAGCGCCGAAGAACGUGGUCGUGAACCAAGUCUUCGGGAUGAAAAGCGGCAUAGGACUGCUCCCUCUAACCUUCGACUGGAGCCAGAUUGCGUACGUAAGCUCUCCACUGCUGACGCCGCCAUGGGCGAUUGUCAACAUCCUCGCCUCUCUUGUUUUCUGGAUCUUCAUCGUGUCGCCCGCGCUCUACUACUCCAACACGUGGUCCUCGGGCUACCUUCCUCUGCAAAGCAACUCCGUGUACGACAACACGGCGGCAGAGUACAACGUUAGUAAGGUGAUCGAUAGCAGCCAAGGAUUCCGCUUCGACGAGCAAAAGUACCAAGCAUACUCUCCGCUGUACAUGCCCGUCACGUACGCGCUUAACACUUUCGGCCUAGGAUUCGCGACCAUCCCCGCCUUGGUGAUAUGGCUAUGUCUCGAGAAAAAGACGGAGAUGGUACAGGCACUUAAAAGCAUCAGGAAGAAGCCGCGAGGCGGUGACUCCGGAUCGAACGCGGCGCCGUCAUGGUGGUAUUUAGUGUGCGCAGUCGUGUCGCUAGCACUUGCCAUAUUUGCGUGUGAAUACUGGCCUGUACAACUCCGCUGGUAUGGCGUAAUAUUUGCAUUCGCCAUAUCUCUUGUCCUCUACGUCCCGGUAAGCAGCCCCGUGUCCAGCGUUUUUAUGUAUACGGCCAUGCAACCUAACACCAACGCGCAGCUCACCCUGAUUUACGCAACCGCAAACACCAAGAUCAGCAUCGACGUGUUCUGCCGAAUUAUCGCAGGCUACGUCUUUGAAGGCCAAGUGCUCGCAAACCUCUGGUUCUUCAACCUCGGGUACAUCAGCAACAUCUGUGGGCUGCAGUUUGCGCAAAACCUCAAGCUCGGGCUAUACUCCAACGUACCGGCGCGAGAAAUGUUCCUUGUGCAAUGCGUCGGUCUCGUGCUCUCGACGCUUGGCCAGGUCGGCGUCGUCAACUGGGUCUUCAACCACAUCCCCAACAUCUGCUCCUCGUCUGCGCCGAACGGCUUCUCCUGCCCAUUCUCCCGCACGCACUUCAACACCAGCAUCAUCUGGGGCGCUAUAGGGCCUCGGCGCUUCUUUUCGUCCGGCUCGACCUAUCAUCCGCUGCUUUACUUUUUUAUCUUGGGCGCCAUACUGCCUGUGGUCGUAGGGGCUCUUAAGAAGAGGAGUCCGCAAGGCAUAUGGCGCCAUGUUCAUGUCCCCCUCUUCCUUGGUGGCCUAGGCUACAUUCCUCCCGCAUCGGGCACUAACUAUGGCAGCUGGGCUAUCGUUGGUCUGCUGGUGGGGUUCGGCGUCAAGAGAAAGGCGCCGCAGUGGUGGCAGCGCUACAAUUUCGUCUUGAGCUCCGGGCUUGAUUGUGCUGUUGCCAUUGCUGGUGUCGUCAUCUUUUUUGCCGUUUUUUAUACCGGUGCUUCUGAUCGUUUCAGUUGGUGGGGAACUCAGGUUCAUCAGAAUACUUGUGACUGGGAUUCUUGUUCAUAUCUUUCCCUUAAAGAAGGCGAGAAAUUUGGACUGUAG